CAGCUUACCGAAAAAAUGCAUAAUCAGAUGAUCCUGUCUAUUCAAAAUCUAAACAUUCUUUUGUGUUUUUCCUGGAACUUCUUAUUCAAACAGAAACUCCCAUCAAGAUAUACUGUUGUCAAAAGUAUCCGAGAGGUUGAACCAGCAGAAACUACAGAACAAGCUGAAUAUCUACAAGAGAGUUGGGUUGAAACUUCCUGUGCACGUAUGAGCUCUGGACGAGGACGUGGAGGCCGUGGGAGAGGACGAGGUCGCAGCCGAGGUGGAAGGUUGCAGAGAGGUAGCGUCAGUUUGAGAUCCAACUCUGCUAAAGAAAAUGCUGGGAGUAGUGAAAAGACAGUUCGAGGAUUGAGAAGGAAAAGCCGAACUCGGGGUCGGGGCCGUAAGCGUGGUCGGCGCACAGUCAGGAGUAGGCCAAGAAUGGAGAAGAGGGUGAUUGAGAAGCAGACACUAUUGAGUCAGUUCAAUGAAACGUGUGGCCAUGGAAACAAGAGAGGUCGGCAAUCACCAAGAAGCUCUGGAGGUGAUGAAUGGGAUGUUGAAGAAGCAAGGACAAUCCAAGUAGAGGGGGCAGAAAACAGCAACAGUGUAGAGGCAUCAGAAUCUGAUGACAAUGCUCAGUUGUCUGGGGAUGAGUGUGAUGAGCAGGGGCAAUACUAUGGCAACUUAUACCAUGGCAAGUCUGAGGACCAAAUGGAGGAGAGUGAGGAGGACGUGGAUGGGGACGAUGGUGAUGGAGAUAGUGAUGAAGGAGAUGGAGAUGAAGACGAAGAGGUGUAUGGGGAUGAAGAGGGUGAGAUGGAUGGGGAUGGGGAUGCGGAUGAAGAGGAAAAUAGAGACGAGCAUCUGGAAGAGCAUGGGGAUGAAGAUGAUGACACCGGGUCAACAUCGUCAGAGUACAGUGAAUAAGGAUACUAUUUUAAGUAUGUUCUUGUAGAGAUAUAGCUUGCAUUCUUUUUUGUUUAAAUCUUAGUCACCUGUAGUUGGAAGUUUCAGUUUACCGUAUCCAAUAAAA